AUGUCACUAGUUGUUACUAGUAAAUUCUAGCAUAUUUUAGUGUUAGUAUAUUUUAGACAUCUGCAUAUUGUUUCAUAGAAAUCAGUACAAUUAUACUACAUAUACAGUGAUUCUACUCCGCACAGCUUUAAAAUCAAAACUACUAAACACUCAUUAUUUAUUAACAAGCAUUUUCAAAGUUUUAUUUUUAACAAUUAGUUGACUUUUUUUAAAAAUCAUGAAGACGAUCACAGGAAUGUGUAUUUUACUUUUUUUAACAAUUGGAGUUUUACAGGCAUCAAAUGUCAGCAGUACACCAAUAGAACCAACUCAUAAUACAACAACACCAUUUCCACUGACAACUACUCCUUCUAAUGUGACGACUGUUAAUCCCAACUCGACUACAACAUCAACUACAACAAAACCAACUACAACGACAACUGAAAAACCAAAAACGACAACACCUAUUCCGACAAUUCCGCCUAAACCAGAUCCACCAAAACCGGACGCAAAUACAACUGUAACUCCACCGACUACGACAACAUUGGCUCCAAAUACAACCGUUCAUCCGGCGCCAACUCCUGCGCCAACCUCAGGAACAACAACACCAGUUCCAACACUUUCGCCAUUACAUCCAACCGGAGAACCACCAAAGGAACGUCAUUUUGAUGGUUUAAGUUUCAUGGGUGGCAUGAUUCUCACGGUAUGCAUUGUGGGAAUUGGUGCAUUUUCUUGGAAAUUCUAUAAGGCCUGGACGGAUCGCAGUUAUCGUACACUGUAAUCACAGACGGUUAGAUUAAUUUAAAAACAAAAAAAAUUCUUCCAUUGUUAACUAUUGUUAUCGCCAAAAAAGGGAUAACUUGGUCAACAGUGGAUUAUGAUUUUAAUUAUAAUAAUAUUACGUAUUUUUUAUAUCAGUAACUAUUGUAAAAUAUUAAGUGCUCUUAGCACACAAGUGUGCAAACAACGUAAUAUUCAAUUGACUUUAUGAGUAACAAAUCAAGAUCUUUUUUGAAAGAAGAAAUUUUGUUCAAUUCAACUCAGUAAAAUCAUCUUUUAAACAUGGCUGAAAAUUAUCGCUAGAUUAGAGAAUAUUUCUCAUUUUCUUUUUAUUUUCAUUGUAAUAUUUUCCUUUUUUUCGAUAAUUUAUAUACUGUGUAGGAAAAGUAAUCUCUUAGAUAAAAUUAAUCUUCUUUUUUCUUCUCAAUUAUUAUAUGGUGCUUUUUUUUAAAGACUUCAAUUUCAAUAUUUGAAAUAGUUUAUUUUGCAUUUAUUUUGUGAUACAUUUUCUUUUACAUUCAGUAGCGAGAAAAUAAAUACAAUUUAAAAUAACGAUAAUUUUCAUUAUUAUAAAUAUUGUAUAAAUAUGAAAAUUUACAAUAAGAUCUGAUGCUUUUUUAUUACUUUUAUAUAGUUAUUUUUCUCAGUUGUAAAAUGCACAAUAUUCAUAAGAUCUGAUCAGUUUUUCUAUUUAUAGAAUUUUUUUUCUCAAUUGUAAAAUACCUAUUAGAAAUAAUUUACAAAAUCAAGUACUGAAAAUUAUGUAUAGACAAUUUUUUAAGUUGGACAUUGAUUUGAUUUUAGACAGUAUUUUAAGUUAAUAUGGAUUUCGCCCAGUUUCUGACCAAAAAUCAUGUAAAAGAAAUAUUAAAUAAAGAAAAAUUCAUUGAUUUAGA